ACGCGCUGCCGCCAAGGGCCCACCGACUGGUCCCUUGGAAGGGAAGGCUUCCAGAUUCGCGCGCUCCACGAGGAUCGCUUCUUCCGUCGGUGUUUUGGUCCUACUUGUGGUUACCACGUUUUGUUACACCAAUCAUUACUUCGCCACCGUUUCAGACGAUUCCGUUCAUCCAGGUGACCUCAGCGAUCAGGAAUCCACGUCGGAAGCUUCCGCCGGAGGUAGCGAUCAGACGUUCCCGACGGUGAAGCCGAGUGCGACGGAGAAGAUCGCCUUCCUCUUCCUCACGCGUGGCCCGGUCCCCCUCGCGCCGCUGUGGGACCGAUUCUUCCAGGGCCACGAGGGGCGGUACUCCGUGUACGUGCACGCGUCCACGCCCGGCUUCGCCUUCCCGCCUGACUUCUCCCCCACCUUCCGACAUGCGCUCAUCCCAGGCGGCAAGGUGGCAUGGGGCGACUUCUCAAUGGUGGCGGCGGAGAGGAAGCUGCUCGCAGCCGCCUUCUUCGACCCCCUCAACGCCUUCUUCGCGCUCCUCUCCGACUCGUGCAUCCCCCUGUGGCCCUUCACCUUCAUCUACAGCUACGUUGCCUCUGCCAACGUCAGCCUUCUCGAUGCGCACCACGACAAGUACCGCAUGGGGUUUCGGCGCUACGAGAGGCACAUCUUCAGCCCGCUCAUCCGCAAGGACGACUACGUGGGCGGCAGCCAGUGGUUUGUGCUGCGGAGGAGGCACGUGCAGAUGAUCACGAGGGACACCGCCCACUACCUCACACACCAGAAGAGCUGCCAGUUCCGCAUGAAGACUGGCAGCCGCUUCUGCUGCGCCGAUGAGCAUUACAUUCAAGUGCUGCUGCAUCUGUAUGACCCCUCGGGGAUAUCCCGCUAUCCCACAACCUUCGCCGAUUGGAGCCUGGCAGAGUGGCAUCCCAAGCUUUUUGCUGCUGAGAAUGUCACCAGUGACCUUAUAGCGAGUAUAAAGUCAUCCAAGCAAUUCCUUUCCUACCGCAAUUUUUGGAAGGAUUUUCGGAGCAAUUUUUCCUAUAUCGAAAAUCCAUCUCUUCCACAACCUGAAUUG